AUGAAAUACUUAAGUCACCAGAUUCAAGAUGAGAUUAUUGACAUCCUGUCUCAACGUGUGAAAGCUGACAUAAUUAGUGAAAUAAACGAAGCCUCGUUUUAUUCCAUUUUCAUAGACAUAACGCAAGAUGUGUCAAAGAUAGACCAGCUGAGCCAGGUGUACCGUUAUGCAACUGUUAUUAAGAAUGACAUGGAUAUUGCAACAGAUAUACAGAUCAAUGAAGUGUUUUGGGCGUCAGAGCUUGAAAACCAAAUCCUGGGCUCCAUAGAGAAAAACGGAACUGAUCUGUCAAAAUGCCGCGGACAGGGCUAUGAUGGGGCCACAAAUAUGAGUGGUGCGUAUUCAGGCGUUCAGGCAAGAAUAGCAGAGAGGGAGCCCCUUGCCCGUUAUGUUGAUUGCGCUGCUCAUAACCUCAACCUUGCUCUCAACGACACUGUUAAAAGUGUUCCUGGAGUGAAGCAGUUCUAUGACCCUUUCAGUUCUAUGUACAACUUUUUUGGUCACAGUGUCAAACGAUGGGCGCUCCUCGCUCCUCCAGUAGAGGACGAGGGUCGAGGUGCAAAGGUUUCCUGUCUCUACCCUGCAGAGGAGGCGAGGCAGCUCUUGGGACUUCUGCCGCCGGUGUUUGUGGUUGUUGUCCAGGAGUCUGGUGCUGCUGACGCUCCACAGAGUUUGCACCACCCUCCUUUUAUUCUUCUCACCAUUGCAACCUCUGAGCGCUCAUUCUCCAAGAAAAAACUAAUGAACAACCACUUGAGGAGCACAGUGGGACAGGAGAGACUGAGUGGACUUGCCAUGUUGUCCAUUGCGCAUGAGAGAGCUAAGAAAAUGGACAUACAGAGCAUUGUGGAUGAGUUCGUGGAGCGCAAGGCUCGUCGUAUGCCCUUCAAAUAG